AUUUCUGAAAAAAUGCCAGCAUAUUCCUCCGGACUAUAUUAUACACAUAUCAGUCCAAUUGAGAUAAAUGUGGUAUCUAAAAUUAAUGACCACAAUUCCUUUAUCUUGUGGCAUGAUCGUUUAGGUCAUCCAGGCAGCAUUAUGAUGCACAAAAUUAUUCAAAAUUCACUUGGACAUUCAUUAAAUAAUGUCAAAAUUCCACAAUUAAGUGAUUUCUCGUGCACUGCCUGUUCUCUUGGAAAAUUAAUUAUUAGGCCAUCUUUAUACAAAAUUGGAGUUGAAUCUCCUACAUUUUUAGAAAGAGUUCAAGGAGAUAUUUGUGGGCCAAUUGCUCCUCCGUGUGGACCCUUUCGAUACUUUAUGGUGCUCAUUGAUGCAUCAACACGUUGGUCACACGUCAGUCUUUUAUUGACUAGAAAUUUUGUAUUUGCAAAUCCCUUGCUCAAAUUAUUCGUUUGAGAUCACAAUUUCCGGAUUAUUCAAUAAAGAAAAUCCGACUCGAUAAUGCAGGGGAAUUUACAUCCCAAUCUUUAAUGACUAUUGCAUGUCAAUUGGGAUUGAUGUGGAACAUCCAGUUCCACAUGUGCAUACACAAAAUGGUCUUGCUGAAUCCUUAAUUAAGCGAUUACAAUUAAUUGAUAGACCAUUAUUGAUGAAAUCAAGAUUACCAUCAUGUGCAUGUGGAUAUGCUAUAAUGCAUGCUGCAAAUUUAAUUCGGCUUAGGCCAACUGCAUAUCAUAAAUUUUCCCCAUUGCAAUUAAUAUCUGGUAAAGAACCAAAUAUAUCACACAUAAAAAUAUUUGGUUAUUCUGUGUAUGUACCAAUUGCUCCACCUUAUCGUACUAAAAUGGGUCCUCAAAGAAGGCUGAGAAUUUAUGUUGGUUUUAAAUCUCCCUCAAUUAUUAAUUAUCUAGAACCUAUGACUGGUGACUUAUUCACCGCACGGUUCGAUGACUGUCAUUUUGAUGAGACAGUAUUCUCAGCCUUAGGGGCAGAUAAUAAAGAAAUGGACCCACAUACGAAAGAUAUUACUUGGAAUGCAACAAAUUUAUCUUUUCUAGAUUCUCGCACAAAUGCUUGUGAACAAGAAAUUCAAAAGAUCAUUCAUUUAAAAAAUGUUGCAACCCAAUUGCCUGAUGUUUUCACAGACUCAAAGAAAGUGACAGUCACAUAUUCCAGCUAUGAAUGCCCCUUCUCGAAUAGAAACUCAUGCGGAGAUUAGCGAAAGAACUCUUGCUAAUGAAUCUAUGAUACGUAAAAAACGUGGUAGACCGCUUGGUUCAAGAGAUUUGAAACCAAGAAAAUUUAAAAAGCAAGAUGUAGUUUGUGAUGCCAAAGAAGUUCAACCUUCUCAAGAAGAAAAUGAACAUUUUGAAAAUAUCAACUUUGAAGAUAACACCAAUAAUAAUGAUACCUCAAAAGAGGAUCCAAUCAUCUUUGAAGAGGUAAAUAUUCCAGACAAAGAUAGAAACGUCGAUAAUUUCGAAAUUUCAAUCAAUUACGUUUCUAAUGGAAUACAAUGGAAUAGAAAAGAUAUUGAUGUUAAUGAUAUAUUUUCAUAUGUCAUCGCCACAGAUAUAAUGAAUGAACACGAUGACAAUGAGCCCAAAUCUAUUGACGAAUGUCGUCGUAGAAACGAUUGGCCAAAAUGGAAUGAAGCGAUUCAGGUAGAACUAAAAUCGCUAGAAAAGCGUAAUGUUUUUGGACCAAUUGUCCACACGCCAAAAGACGUAAAACCUGUAGGUUUUAAAUGGGUGUUUGUGCGUAAACGCAAUGAGAAAAAUGAAAUCGUUAGAUACAAAGCCUGACUUGUUGCCCAAGGUUUUUCUCAAAUGCCAGGAAUCGAUUAUGAUGAGACGUAUUCUCCAGUAGUUGAUGCUACCACUUUACGAUUUUUAAUUGGCAUGUCUAUUUUUGAAAGGCUGCAAAUGCGCCUAAUGGAUGUAGUGACCACAUACUUAUAUGGUUCACUCGAUACAGACAUAUAUAUGAGAAUUCCCAGAGGCUUUAAAAUACAUGAUGCUUAUAGCUCAAAAUCUCGAGAUUUAUUUUCCAUAAAAUUGCAAAAGUCAUUAUAUGGAUUAAAACAAUCUGGACGCAUGUGGUAUAACCGUCUAAGUGAAUAUUUGAUCAAAGAAGGAUAUAAAAAUGAUCCUAUUAGCCCAUGUGUUUUCAUUCAGCGAUCUGAAUCAGGAUUCGCCAUAAUUGCAGUAUAUGUUGAUGAUUUGAAUAUAAUCGGAACUCCCAAUGAAAUUGAAAAUACUGCUAAAUAUCUCAUGAAAGAAUUUGAAAUGAAAGACCUUGGGAGAACAAAAUUUUGUCUCGGCAUUCAAAUUGAACAUUUGAGAAAUGAUAUUUUUAUCCACCAAUCAAAUUAUACCGAAAAACUUUUGAAGCGGUUUUACAUGGAAAAAGCUCAUCCACUCAAUUCUCAAAUGGUGAUUCGAUCUCUCAAUGUGCAUGAUGAUCCUUUUCGACCCUGUGAAGAUGAUGAAGAAAUCAUUGGUCCCGAAAUACCAUAUUUGAGUGCUAUUGGAGCGUUAAUGUAUUUGGCUAAUAAUAGCCGACCAGAUAUUGUUUUUUCUGUAAAUUCAUUAGCCAAGUACAGUUCUUCCCCGACAAGAAGACAUUGGAAUGACGUAAAACAUAUAUUCCGCUAUCUCAAUGGUACAAUCGAUCUUGGAUUGUAUUUCAAGAAUAAUGCAAAUGCCACUUCAAUUGGCUAUGCCGAUGCAUGAUACUUGUCUGAUCCACAAAAGGCAAAAUCACAAACAGGAUAUGUAUUCACCUAUGGUGAUACCGCUAUCUCAUGGAGAUCAAUGAAGCAAACAUUAACUGCCACAUCAUCAAAUCAUGCAGAAUUAAUUGCUCUUUAUGAAGCAGGUCGAGAAUGUGUCUGGUUGAAAUCAAUGAUCCAGCACAUACAAAAUGAAUGCGGUAUAAAAUCCUUUACUUGUAAUCCUACUGUGAUUUAUGAAGAUAACACAGCAUGUAUAGCUCAGAUCAAAGGAGGUUACAUCAAAGGGGAUAGAACAAAGCAUAUAGCACCAAAACUUUUCUCCACACAUGAUCUUGAGAAAGAAGGAAUAGUUGAUGUCAAACAAAUCAAGUCCUGCGACAACCCUGCUGAUUUAUUCACAAAGUCAUUGGCACCGAAGAAAUUUGAAGAACUAGUCCACAAAAUUGGAAUGUGUCGUCUUCGAGAUAUAUGUUAAAUUGGGGGAGGUUAAUAUAAUACACUCCACUCUUUUUCCCUUCGCCAGGUUUUUAUCCCACUGGAUUUGUCCUGACAAAGGUUUUUAAUGAGACAGUACAUUAUAUACUAUGAUACUAAUACCCCAGAAUAAUUAGAAGACCAUUCAAGGGGGAGUGUUGAAAUAUAUUGAAUUAAGUCAUCUUCCAACUAUUCCUGAUUAGGAAUUAUUAUCACCAUUGUAUAAAUAAUAAGGAAAUCAUAAUUAUGAUUCUAGAUGAUAAUUGUGUGGUUCACAAUUAUCCUCUAAUCCUAAUAAGCUUAGCUUUUCUCUUAUAAAUAGGAGUCUUCUCCAUUGUAAUUAACACACCUUGAUUACACCAUUAGAACAUCUCUAAUACACCUCUAUGGCUCUAUCACUAAGUGUUCAUACUAUAUUUUCUCUCCAUGAUCUUCCUGCUUAUUUCCUUCCAUUUUAUAACAAUGUCCAAAUUUAUAUAGUUUUGAUCUAGAUUGUUGUUAAUACAUCUCAUAUAUGUCUCCAAACAUUUGUUAACUAUUUCAGUCUGUCCAUCAGUUUGUGGAUGGAAGGCAGAUGAUAGCUUGAAUUGGGUUCCUUGUAUAAAAAACAGUCCUUUCCAGAAUUGACUCAGAAAUACAACAUCUCACUUACAAUGCUCUUGGGCCAUCCAUACGAUUUAAAGAUAUUAUCCAAAUAAGCUUGCGCUACUUCUAUGGUAGUAAAGGGACAGGAUAGUGCUACAAAAUGAGCCCCUUUACUAAGUCUAUCUACCACUACUAGUAUCACAUCCUUCCCUUGUGAUUUAGGUAAUCCAGUUAUGAAAUCCAACAAAAUAUCUACCCAGACUUCUUCUGGAAUGGGCAAAGGCUGUAACAAGCCUGGAUAAGCAACAUUUUCAUGCUUAUUUUCUUGACAAACUAAGCACUGCCUCACACAGUUGUUAAUAUCCUUAUUAAGACCCUUCCAAUAGAACACGGUUUUAAUUCUUCUCAUAGUUGCAUCCCUUCCUGAAUGCCCUGCUUCUCCUGAAGUAUGAUGCCAAUUCAAAAUCUUAUUCUUCACAUUAAUAUCAUUCCCAAUGACAAUUUUUCCAUUUCUUCUUAGUAAUCCAUUAUGGAUAGAAUAUUUAUCCACUGAUUGACUCUGCUGCAACAACUGCAUUACUGUGGCUAGAUGAUCAUCCAUAGUAUAACUGUCUUUUAUUUGUUGUUCUAGACGAGAAGCUAUCAAUGAUACUGCCAUACACAAUAUUUGAGCCCCUUGGACUCUUGAUAAAGCAUCAGCAGCUAUAUUUUCCUUACCACUUUUAUAUUGAAUUUCAUAUUCAAAACCCAUCAGUUUAGACAACCAAAAUUGUUGGAAAGGAGUGGAAAUCUUCUGUUCCAAUAGCCAUUUAAGGCUUUUCUGAUCAGUCCUUAUAAUUAAGGGUUGAGAACUCAGAUAUUGCUCCCACUUCUGCACAAGAAACACAAUUGCUAAUAACUCAUUUUCAUACACAGACAUUUUUUUCCAUUUAGCUCCUAAGGCCCUACUUAUAUAUGCCAGAUGAUGGUCUUCUUGCAUUAAAACUGCCCCAAUCCCUUCAUUAGAUGCAUCGGUUUCUACUACAAUUUUUUUUUGAGAAAUCUGGAAAUGCUAAUACUGGAGCAGAAACUAGUGUUAUCUUCAGUUUCUCAAAUGCAUUUUGAGCACCAUUAUUUCAUUCAAAAGCUCCCUUCUUUAACAAAUUUGUCAAAGGUUUACUUAUAACUCCAUAAAACCUGACAAAUUUUCUGUAAUAGCCAGCCACAGUCCAAGGAAGCUUCUCAAUUGCUUGACUGAAUUAGGAGAAGGCCAAUUAGACAAUGCUUCUACUUUUCUGGGAUCUGUUUCAAUCCUUAUCUCUGAAAUAAAAUGCCCCAAAUACUCCACCUUGUGCAUAGCAAAGGCACAUUUAGAAGCUUUAGCAUACAUCUGAUUAUCCUUCAUAAUCUGAAACACCAUUCUUAAAUGCUUCCAAUGAUCAUCAACAUUUUUGUUGUAAACCAAAAUGUCAUCAAAAAACACUAGCACACACUUCCUUAAUAAAGUUUUGAACAUUGACUUCAUCCAAUUUUGAAAUGUUGCAGUGCAUUGGUUAAACCAAAAGACAUUACCAAAAACUCAUAAUGUCCCUCGUGAGUUUUGAAUGUUGUCUUAUGAACAUCUUCUUCAUUCAUUCUUAACUGAUGAUACCCUGCUCUGAGGUCUAAUUUGCUGAAAACUGUAGAACCAGCUAGUUCAUCAUUUAGUUCAUCUAAAAUUGGUAUGAGAAACUUAUUCUUAAUAGUUCUCUUGUUUAACUCUGUGUAGUCAACACAUAGACACCAUGCUCCAUCUUUCUUCCCAAUUAACACCACUUGAGAAGCAUAUGGGCUGGAACUGUUCUAAAUAAUUCCAUGGUUAAGCAUUUCCUUCACCAAGCUUUCAAUAAUAUCCCUCUACCUAAGUGGAUAUCUAUAUGGCCUUAUAUUCACAGGAUCAGCUCCUUGUUCAAGAGGUAUUUUAUGAUCAUAUAUUUCUCUAGAAGGAGGUAAAGAUUUAGGCUCUUCAAAAACCACCUCAUAUUGUUGUAGCACUUUCUGUAAUUCAUCUGAAUACUGACUUUCCUUUACCUCCACAGCUGUGCAACAUAAUUUUGUAUCUUCCUCAUAGACAGGUACCAACUGCAAGAAGAAUAUUUGAGUAUCUUGAUCCAGGAGUUUAUUAGCUUUUUGAUUAGACACUGGCAGUUGAUAACCCUUGAAGAUUAACUAGACAUCCCUUGCCACUCAAACUUCAUUAAUAGGUUCUUAAAAUCCCACUGCACUGGUCCUAGUUCUGUGAGCCACUGUACUCCCAAUACCAUAUCACAACCCCCCAGAGGUAUUAAUAAAACAUCAAUUUUAAAGUGAUGUUGUUGAAUCUUCCAUAUGAAAUCUUUACAGAUGUUUUGAUGGUAGGUGAUUGCCAUAUGCUACGGUUAUUGUCUGUGACUUCAUCUUUUCUAUCUUAAGUUCCAAUUUAUGAGCCAAGUUUAGAUCCAUGAAAUUGUGUGCGCUCCCAGAGUCAAUCAAAAUGUGAAGUGGCUUCUUUCCAGCAUAACCUACUACUCUCAUUGUUUGCAACCCUGAACAUCCUGAUAAUGCAUUAAUGGAAAUGCAAAGGUCCCAGAUCAUUGAUUGCUCUUUUACUCCAUUUACUUCAUCACAAUUCUCUUCUUCUUGUUCAUCCUCUAAUCCCUGGACCUCCACUGUAAACAACUGAGUCUUCUUGAAUUGGAAUUUAUGGUUUCUAUCAUAAAGCUGAUCACAAUAAUAACACUGGCCUUUAGGCAGCUUUUCAGCUCUCACCGAAGCUGGAAUAUAGGUCCUAGAUCCAAUCUCAGGAUUGUUUUGUUCCUUAGAGAGGGCAUUUUUGAUAGGCAAGAACUUUUGUGCAGUAGUGGGAAAAGGUGGAGGCCCCUUUUGAUAAGGCUGGGUGAUUAUGGAAGUAGCAGUUAUAGUUUCUUCCUGAGAUCUUGCUAACUCAAUAGCUUCAGCCAUAGAAACAGGUUUAAGAACUCUCACAAACGAUUUAAGCGAUGAUUUUAACCCUUCAAUCAAGCAGUCUAAAAAAUACUUUUCAGAUAAGGAAUGAGUUCUUCUAUUCAUGCUUUUAAGUUCUUCAAACUCAUCUAUAUAAGCAUCAAUAGUUGAUUUCCGUUGGCAUCUAUUAAAUCUUUCAACUAUAUCUUUAGCUGUUUCAUCUCUAAAUCUGGCUGUUAGAUCCUCCUCAAAUUCCAACCAACUUAUGUCAAUUUUAUCAGCCAAAUAAUUGGUUGCCCAUAUUUCAGCUUUUCCCGACAUAUUCAAUGCAGCAAAAUCAACCGUAUGUUCCUCAGGAGUUCGACACAAUGUAAAAUAUCUUUUACAUUUCUUGAUCCACAUACUACUGUUAUUACCAUCAAAAUGAGGAAAUUCUAAUUUAGGAACAUACCCUAACGAUUUGUAGGAAUUUCCCCCCUUUUCAAUAUGAUGGUUGAUGUUUGAGCUGUUCGAUGAAGGCUCCUUAUCCACCUUUUUCUAUAAAUCACCUACAAUUCCAAGAAGGUGUUGAAAUUAUUGUUGAAUUUCUUGCUGAAAUUGCAUCUGGGACUGGAUGAGAGCUUGUACUUGCUCUUCCAUGGCUUCAAUGACGAAUUUAUUACGCAAUCUUGGCGCGGAGUGUUGCACAGGGAUACCAAUGUAACAGGAGAUUUACUCAACUGUUAUUGAUAUAGAGUCAUUCAACAACAAUUUGACUCCAUUGCUAAAUGCGAAGGAAGAAGAGAGUAAUAUUCAAUGAAAUUAUCAAACUGCUUUAUUCAAUAUCUUUUCGUUCUUUAUAUACAGUAUAGUUUAGCUAGUUAUUACAUCCAGCUCAUCAAUAUUGCAACUAACUAUCUAACUGAUUGGCUGACUAAACUAACGGUAGGUAUGACUACCGUUACAGAACUGAGCUUGGAAGGCCGGACAUAAAAAUAGAGAUACCGAAUCAAGAAGUGCUCCGGCCAGCUACUGGUGUGCGCAUGCGCUCGAUUUCCGGUGACGUUUUGCUCGCGUGCGCGUGCAUUAAAACAGAGCUCCUCAAAAUUGAGAAAGGUUUUGUCAAAAUUGUAUGUGUGUGCGCGUGCGUAAUCAAGAUUCAAGAUUGCGAUUAGGGUUAACAUACAUGCGACUAAAAUUACUUGAUUUUUUGUUUGUUGCUCCUUUCGUAUAAUCUACCACCAGAGAUUGUAAUAUGUUGUAAUUCAUAAUCAAAUCAAUAACAAAGAGAUUAAAAAAUUGUCUUGAUUGGUGGCACUGGUUUUGCGCCUUUGAAGAAGAUGUCGAUAAAACCUUUCCUCUUCGGAAGAUGCAAAAUAUAAUUUUUUUUGUUGGGGCCUUUA